CAUUUCCAGGAUUGUGUCUCAACAUAUCCAAACCUUUUCAAACAAACGUGAAAAUGGAAAUCACAACGUUCCUAGCAUUAUUAUGCCUUCUUUCUCUCAUCUUCUUCAAACUCAUAUCCGUCAAGAAAAGAUCGCCGGCGCCGCCACUUCCGCCGGGCCCGACGGCCUUCCCUUUCGUUGGCAGCCUCCCGCAAAUGCUGACCAACAAGCCCGUACCCCGAUGGAUACACAAUCUUAUGCAACAACACAACACAGAGAUCGCCUGCAUCAAACUCGGCGGCGUCCACGUCAUUUCCGUCACUUCUCCGGAACUCUCCCGAGAGUUCUUGAAGAAGCACGACGCCUUCUUCGCCUCCCGGCCCGACAUCCUCUCGGCCCGCCUCGCCAGCGACGGGUACCAGGGGGUGAUCCUCUCACCCUCCGGUAGUCAGUGGAAGAAAAUGAGGAGAGUCAUGGCGUCAGAGGUGCUCACCGUGGGUGUGUUCCAGCGGCUCCAUGGGAAGAGAUGCGAGGAGGCCGACCACCUCGUGAGAUACGUCUACAACCAGUGGAACAAUGUAGACAUAAAAGGGGUGGUGAACUUGAGAGAUGUAACCCAGCAUCACAUCGCCAGCGUGAGCAGGAAAAUGGUGUUUGGUGAGAGGUUUUUCGGGCCGGGAACGAGAGACGAGGGCCCUGGAAUUGAGGAAAAAGAACACGUGGAUGGAUUGUUCAUGAUUCUUUCUUGUCUCUAUGCGUUCGGGGUUGCUGAUUUUGUACCGUGGUUGGAGGUUUUGGAUUUGGAUGGACACAAAAGGGCUGUGACAAAUGCCAUUAAGAAUGUAAGAAAGUACCAAGAUUCAGCAAUCGAUAAGAGAAUGGAGAUGUGGAAUCUAGGGUAUAAGAGUGAAGAAGAUGAUAUUCUUGAUAUUCUUAUUAAUCUCAAGAACUCGGAAAAUGAACCCCUAUUAUCUAUUCGAGAGAUCAAAGCAUUAAUUGUUGAUAUUAUGCUCGCGUCGGUUGAUAAUCCAUCAAAUGCAGUUGAGUGGGCUAUGGCAGAGAUGAUCAAUCAACCAGACUUGCUUGCUGAGGCAUGUAAAGAAUUGGACAGUGUUGUAGGCAAGAAAAGGCUAGUCCAAGAAUCGGAUAUACCUAAACUGAAUUAUGUCAAGGCCUGUUUGAAAGAGUCAUUUAGGCUACAUCCGUUAGCACCAUUUAAUGUCCCUCACAUUUCAAGUAAAGAUACCGUCGUGGGUGGCUACUUGAUCCCAGAGAAGAGCUAUGUAGUCCUAAGUCGCCCUGGCCUGGGGCGGAACCCUAGGAUUUGGGAUGAGCCUCUCAGGUUCAAGCCCGAGCGACACAUUUUUAAUGAACAAACACAAGUCGGGCUUGCUGAUCACGACCUGCGCAUUUUAUCAUUUAGUACAGGAAGGCGCGGAUGCCCCGGCUUCGUGCUUGGUUCUACCAUGACCAUUAUACUUCUAGCUAGACUCAUUCAAGGUUUUAGCUAGAGGCCACCUCUCGGUAGGAACAACAUUGACUUAGCCGAGUCAUCAGGGCAUGACGGCGCAUUAGAUAAGCCCUUGAUUGUUCAUGCAACCCCUCGAUUGGACCUGCAAGUAUAUUUGUAAUCUAUCCAAAAUUAAUAUUAUAUUUUUAUGUUAAAUUCUAAAUCUAUUGUAUUGUAUUAAUAUUGUAAUGACAAAGUAGUAAUGUAGCUAAUAAGAUGUUUUCCUCUUAGCCAAUACGAUUG